GAUUUCCAUACCAGUGUCUCUUCAUCGAUGAGCUUGCAGCACCUUACGAACGUGCCCAAUACUUGCUUGGCGUACGCCAUUAUGACGAUUGCAUCAUUGGCCCUAUUGUUUGGCAUGAAUGUUCGGUUUUCCUAGCAUUUCAGAUGUGAUGACGUCGUUUGUAGAAAAAUAUCCUGUCUGCUGGAGUCGACUGGGCGGAUACAUAAAGGCGGAAAGGUCUCUUCGUCCUGUUCCAUUCAAGCUCUGCAGCGACUCAACAGCGACGCAUUUGAAAGCCAGAUUCCUUUUGCCCUCCUCACAUUAGUAACAAUCAUGAAGACUAGCCUCCUCUUUUUGGCUUUUGCAGUCCUCUUUGUCUCGUCGAAUGCCGCUCCGGCGGUUGUUCGCCGUCAAGCAAAUGCCAGCGUCGUUGCCACCCAACAGAUUGAACAACCAGUGACCAGUCAAGUGGUUGUUCAAACUGUAGUGCCACAAGUCCAAUCCGUAGUUAUCACCAAAGAAGUCCUAACACCAACUGCGAUCACCAGGACAGUCGCUACACCAACCUCGACCAUCACUUACUUCACCGCUACUGUGACUGUGACACGUCCUGGUCCUAGAUUCCAAACAUCUACAAUGCUCGAGACUGUCGUCUGGGGAUCUCAGACUCAAUUGAAGCCAACUGUCAUUCCCACCGUUGUCACUCAGUAUAUUACCACUCAAGUUCCCGUGGUUGUUCAGACUACCCAAACUCUUGCCUAUCCCAGCAUGUACCCUGUAACGCCCAACUUGGUCUUUGCUAGUGACGAAGUGCGCUCUACCUUUGUCGCUGCCACCGCUCAGGUACCAGAAGUUGUUGAAACCCAAGUACCUGUGCAGGUCGUUACAGUUGCACCUGCGAACAACUCCCCCGCUGCUCCUACGCCAACUGCAUAGGGCCCUCCGCUACGGAUGGCGUUUUAAAUGCAUCGAUGAACGAGUCCUGUGUUGCAGGAAUAUUUCAUCUCUUUUUGACUUUUUUUUUGUACAAGUCUCUCUUUGUAAACUGCCGUCUUGAACGUCCACUUUGGCCUUCAUGUAAACCACUGUUGAAAUACACAAAAGUCUAUUCAUCGCUA